CCACCUGCUUCUGAGCUUCAUGGUAUUCGGGAGCCCCCGUUAGGAACUUAUUACAUUAGCAUCUGACUGAGCCGCAUCAUGCUGUGGAUGAAGUGGAAACUGGUGGUGGACUCCCUGCGUGGACGGAGAAGGAGGCUGCCCUGUUCUCUCUGGUUCCUCCUGCUGUUUGCUGCUGGUGGUCUGGUUCUCUUCAUCCACCAGCAGGAUCUGUCAGAGAUGGUCCAGCAACAAGUCCCAGGCGUGAAGCUUGGAAGCACUCCACGGCAGUCCAGAGAGACUCUUUCUACUCAGGACAAAGAGAGAGGCAAAUCUGACAAUUACCUGGACCACCGAGAAGCAGAAGGCAUCUUGUCCAGCCCGAUCCCUCCAAUGCAGUUCCCCCACUUUGAGAGGAGUAGACAGACAGCCAUCUCUGGGUCUCGAGAGCAAGACAUAGGCUCCCUUCAUGUCUCCAAACGACACCGCAAACUGCUGAAAACAAGUCCCCCGAACAGUCACACCAACAAUAAUGUUUCCUCAUCCUCUUCUUCCCCCUCAUCCUCAAUUUCCUCCUCCUCUGCCUCAGGUUCAUUCUCCCCUGAAAGCUGGAAAAAGCUCUCCGAUAUCUUGGAAGCCCGCCGGCAACUGAUGAAGGAGAUGUGUUCUAAGUACAAGAGCAGCAUCUCCAGGACUAUCACACGUCAUCAUGUGAAACACCUCUUUGUGGAGGACAAGUACAAGCUGUUGUACUGCCAGGUGCCCAAGGCGGGUUGUUCCAACUGGAAGAGGACCCUGAUGGUGCUGGCAGGCCAGGCCUCCAAUACUCAGAGCAUUAAACAUGACACAGUCCACUAUGGCCAACAUCUCAAGAAGCUUGACAGCUUUGACCGACAGGGAAUCAUGCACCGCCUGGAAACGUACACCAAAGUAAUGUUUGUCCGAGAACCCUUGGAGAGGAUGGUGUCGGCCUACAGGGACAAGUUUGAAAAUCCAAACAACUACUACCACUCGCUUUUUGGGAAACCCAUCAUCUCCAAGUACAGGGUGAACCCGUCUUGGGCAGCCUUGAAGACAGGCAGUGGGGUCACAUUCAAGGAGUUUGUCCAGUACCUACUGGAUGUCCACCGGCCUGUAGGAAUGGACAUCCACUGGGAGCAAGCGAACCAGCUCUGCAACCCUUGUCUCAUAGACUACGAUUUCAUCGGCAAGUUUGAGAACAUGGAGGAAGAGUCCAACUUUCUCCUGCGAUGGACUGGGGCACCACCCAACCUCACGCUGCCUAGUUUUAAAGAUAGAAACCCAACCGACAAGAGGACCUCUAUGCAGAUCACGCAAAAAUACUUCUCAAAGGUCAGUAUGUUGGAGAGACAGCGAGUCUAUGACUUCUACUAUAUGGACUAUCUGAUGUUUAACUACUCCAAGCCUUUUAAAGAUUUAUAUUGACUGACUCCUAUCAAGACUAUUGAAACACGGUUACAUCCCACAAUGUCUACAUCUCUACCAUGAUCGUAAUCUUAACAUAAGAAGCUCACUCACAUACUCACGUGGAUCUUUACAUCUAAGCAGAGAGAUCAG